AUGCCAACACUUGACUGGAUUGGUGAUAGACCCUCUUGCAGGUCCGGGCUGACGUUUGCUGUGCCCUGGGCUCAGGGUCAAUACUGGCCAGACCGCAGUAGUCUACACUGUGCUGAUCCUAGUGGCCAGAGGCUGCCAUCACAAAGCUGGAACACUGCCUACUGGCCAGACGGUUCAAUAAAAUGGACAGGCCUUGCACUUCCUGCUCUGUCGCAAUACCCUGCUAGUGUUUCGGUAGAUUACAUCCGCUCUUCUUCGGCUAAAGAAAACUUCACCAAUUUCAGCGAAGCGGCAGCACCUCUAAGGGUAAUUUCAUCAUCUUCGGACACAAUUGUGAUAGAUACUGGCAGAAUAAGAGUGACGUUUCCAACUUCUGGCCAUUCAAUCGUUGACAGGAUAGAACAUUCCCAUUCUGGGAAGGUGGUUGCCGAAAAUGGACACUUGGUACUUCGAAGCCAAUCAUCACUCCCACUCGAGGGUGAGGAAGCCGGAUCUUCCACAACCAUCCAUGCACUAAGGGGACAAAUAUCAAAGGCCGAAAUCGAAAAUGAAGGGCCUGUCAGGGUUGUGGUUCGCAUUGAAGGAAAACAUCAACAACUAUCCGUCACCGAACCGGCUGGUACAUCAUCACCCGGUUGGCUUCCAUUUAUCCUCCGCUUUUAUCUCUACGCCAAUUCCGAUAGUAUUCGGAUUGUCCACACACUUCUUUACGACCAGGACCCAGAGAGUCAAUUUAUACGAGAAAUCGGUGUCCGAUUUCACGUUCCACUUAAAGGCGAACCUUCAUACAAUCGUCAUAUACGAUUCGCAGGUGUGGACGGCGGCAUUUUUGGUGAAGCAGUGCAAGGCGUUACUGGACUAUGGAAAGAUCCUGGAGUUCAAGUUCGACAAGCACAAGUUUCCGGCCAACAGACGCCUGGCUUUGACCAGUGGAACCCGGAAGUACAGUCCAGAUUGCGGUGGAUUCCUCGCUGGAAUGACUUUUCUUUAUCGCAAUUAUCACCUGAUGGCUAUACCAUGAAGAAGCGAACAAAGGCAGGCCACAGCUGGGUCAAUGUGCCGGGCGGGACCAAAGCAGAUGGCCUCGCGUAUCUUGGAGGGGCAGCGAAUGGCGGCCUGGGCUUUGGGAUGCGUCAUUUCUGGGAGAGAUACCCUACACAGAUUGACAUCCGCAAUGCGGACACGGAUCGCGGAGAAAUAACCAUGUGGAUCUAUAGCCCUGCAGCUGAGCCUUUGGAUAUGCGUCCUUACCAUGAUGGCCUGGGUCAAGAGACGUACGACGAGCAACUGGAUGCAUUGCAAAUAACGUACGAAGACUGGGGGCCAGGUACUGGAUCGCCGUACGGUAUAGGCAGAACCAAUGAGCUGUACUUGUAUGCAUUCCAACAUACGCCAAGCAAGGAGGACCUCUCAAGGAUAGUAAAAGACAUGCGCAAUCCACCACUUUUGGCUGCGCAGUCGGAAUAUAUCCAUGAAACAAAAGCAUUUGGAAACUAUUGGGCCCCUUUCUCAUCAUUGAGUGGAAAUAGCCCCAGCUCAGCAACCGGUGAGAUCCUGCAAAAUCUCGACUUUUUAUUCGACUUUUACAAAACACAAAUUUCCCAACGGCGCUGGUACGGCUUUUGGGAUCAUGGAGACAUCAUGCACACAUACGACGCAGACAGGCAUACCUGGCGAUACGACAUCGGGGGCUAUGCUUGGGACAAUUCAGAACUUUCCCCAGAUCUAUGGUUGUGGCUUUAUUUCCUCUGCACGCGGCGCAGAGAUGUCUUUCAAAUUGCCGAAAAUCUAACCCGACAUACCUCAGAGGUCGACACGUAUCACCUUGGCGUAUUCAAGGGCUUGGGAACAAGACAUGGCGUUCAACAUUGGAGCGACAGCUGCAAGCAAGCCAGGGUUACAAACGCACUAUAUCGGAAAUACUUUUAUUACCUAACAGGCGGAGAUGAAAGGACGGGUGAAAUCAUUCGGGAAACCCUCGAAGUCGAAAAGACGUUUCUAGUCCUAGAUCCGUAUAGAAAAGUCCGUAAAGAUCGGGACUAUGUUACUCAAGACCCCGAGACUGGUGUUUUGAUUUCGUUGGGCACGGAUUGGUCCGCUUUGGCUGCUGUCUGGAUGAUGGAAUGGGAGAGGCGAGGUCCAAAAUGGGAGUUUUAUCGAGAAAAGCUGAUUACAUCGAUGAAGGGAAUUGUCGGGUUGAAGAAUAAAUUUGUGACGGGCCAGGCUCGAUCGCAUAUAGAGACUGGGAAAAUCAGUCCGCCUCCGGCCGAUGUCGAAAAUCGAGGACAUGUGCAAGUAUCUCACCUUUCAGCCAUGUUUGGUCUCGUCGAGACAUGUGCAGAGAUUCUUGAUGUGGAGUUUACAGAGAAUAAUGAUCGGGACUUGCUGAAAGAAUUCCAGUCGGCGUGGCUCGAUUACUGCUUCUACUUUAAUGGAACAAGCAGUAGUCAAAUAUCUCGAUAUGGAAUAAGCUUUCCCAAACUGAUUCUUCGGCAAGGCCACUCGCGUUUAACUUCGUAUGCGGCUCGGAUAUUGAAGAAUCCGGAUCUUGCUCGCCGAGCAUGGAACGAAUUCUAUGAAGGCGACGGCUAUGCGCGAUCAUUACCAUGGAGAACAGAAAUUAUAAGUGGAAGCAACGUGCCACUUCCUAUAAACGAAGCCAGUUGGGUGUCUACAAAUAUCACGGCGUUGUACGGACUAGCAGCUAUCCAGGGACUGGCUUUCGGCGCAGAAUAUCUAGAUCCGUAUUGGGAAUCGGUUUCUGAAAUAAACUAG